GUGUGCAUGCAGGGCGUUGCAUGGCUGGGUGUGCAUGCAGGGCGUUGCACGGCUUGGGAGCAUUGCACAGUUGGGUGUGCAUAGCAGGUAUUGCACAGAUGGACGUGUGCAGGGCAUUGCGCGGCUGGGUGUGCACGCUGAGCAUUGCACGGAUGCACACGUACGGAGGGACAUUGCACGGCUGGGUGUGUACGCCCAUCAUUGCACAUCUAGAGGCUUUGUAAGAGAGGAGGACUUCAGCAGGGCAGAUUUUGGAUCCCCUUCAGCUUUUGUUUUCCCAGCGAAGUGCAGACCCGGCGCAGAGCGCUGCGAGCCCGCGGGGACCGCGUCGGGUUGGAUUCGGGUCGGGUCGGAUUCGGGUCGGAGAGGAGGGCGGAGCUGCUGCAACAUGCACAGGACCACCCGGAUAAAGAUCACCGAGCUGAACCCGCACCUGAUGUGCGCGCUGUGCGGGGGGUAUUUCAUCGACGCCGCCACCAUCGUGGAGUGCCUACACUCGUUCUGCAAAACCUGCAUCGUGCGUUACCUGGAGGCCAACAAGUACUGCCCCAUGUGCGACGCCCAGGUGCACAAAACCAGACCCCUCCUCAGCAUCAGGUCAGACAGAACGCUGCAGGACGUGGUGUACAAAUUGGUCCCGGGGCUGUUCACAGAUGAGAUGAAGCGUCGCCGCGAGUUCUACGCCGCGUACCCCGUGGCCGAGGUGCCCAACGGCUCCAACGAGGACCGCGGGGAGGUUCCGCAGCGCGACGGGACGCAGCCGACGGAGGACGGCAUCGUCAGUCUGUCCAUUGAGUUCUACGAGGGAGCCAGAGAGGAGAAGAAAGGGACCAUCGAGAACGGGGAUCUGGAGAAGGAGAAGAGGAACGCGGUGCGGUUCCUGCGCUGCCCCGCGGCCAUGACCGUCAUGCACCUGGCCAAGUUCCUGCGCAAUAAGAUGGACGUGCCCAGCAAGUACCAGGUGGAGGUCCUCUAUGGAGAUGAGCCCCUGAGGGAGUACUACACACUGAUGGACAUCGCCUACAUCUACCCCUGGAGGAGGAACGGCCCUCUGCCGCUCAAAUACCGCGUCCAGCCGACCUGCAAGCGCCUGAAGCUGCCGCAGCCGCCCACCUCGGAGUGCACCAACACCAGCGGCGCCUCCGAGUGCGAAUCGCUCAGCGACAAAGCGCACAGCCCCGCCACGCUGCCCCGCACUCCGCCCUCCCUACCCAGCCCCGGCACUCCGCCCCACGGCUCUCCCAGCCCCACAGCCGCCGCCGCGCCCCACGGCGCCUCGAACUGCCCCCCGUUGCCCCCCUCCCGCUGCCGCAAAGCCGCGGCUCACGGCCCCGCGGGGUCCGCGCUGACCUAACGGGGGGAGGGGGGGGCGGCCGCGUUGGUUUUGUAUAGCUCUAUAUAUUAUAUAUAUGUGCAUCUAUAAAGAGAGACGUGUACAGAGGGA